AUGAUUGGGAGGGGAUUGGAACGCCUGAAUCACAUGAUUGGGAGGGGAUUGGAACGCCUGAAUCACAUGAUUGGGAGGGGAUUGGAACGCCUGAAUCACAUGAUUGGGAGGGGAUUGGAACGCCUGAAUCACAUGAUUGGGAGGGGAUUGGAACGCCUGAAUCACAUGACAUGGAGGGGAUUGGAACGCCUGAAUCACAUGACAUGGAGGGGAUUGGAACACCUGAAUCACAUGAUAUGGAGGGGAUUGGAACACCUGAAUCACAUGAUAUGGAGGGGAUUGGGACACCUGAAUCACAUGAUAUGGAGGGGAUUGGGACACCUGAAUCACAUGAUAUGGCGGGGAUUGGGACACCUGAAUCACAUGAUAUGGCGGGGAUUGGGACACCUGAAUCACAUGAUAUGGCGGGGAUUACAACACCUGAAUCACAUGAUAUGGCGGGGAUUACAACACCUGAAUCACAUGAUUGGAGGAGAUUGGGAC